AGCUUAGUUUAGUAUCGUGACUGCGUUGAUCGAGUUCGCAACAUAGUCUCACCGAGAGAAAACCGACGUCCGUCUCGUGGUUGAUCGUGGUUUUUCCUCUCUUCGUAGCUCUGACUGAUCGCAUUUAGCUCGGUGCUUGUGGAUCAUUCACCUGAGUGAUACGCCGGCAUUUAAUCGCUGUCUCUAAACACUGUGCGUAGACACAAUCGCGUGUUUCCGAUCGAUGAUGGAUGUCUACGCCGAGAAGUAGCAGAUCAAAAAGAAGGUCAGUCAUCUGGAUUUGAUCUCGCGAUCGCGCGAGGAUCACAAAUAGCACAGCCUACUGCAGGUAUUCGUUGCUCGACGGUUGUUGUUUGUUACCUACUCUUCUUUUCGGGUAUCUUUGAUCGUUUGGCUCGCGUGACCGGUUUCGAUGAUAACACAGCGGGAUUGGGCUUGUGUAUGUGAGAGAGUGGCCAAAAAUCGCUGCGACCAAGAUUGACGGUAUUUCAGCCAGGCGCAAGUUGAUGUUAGGUCCUUGUUUGGGUGUAUCGUGUGUGGAAUAAAAUCAACGACGAAUGCAGCAGUGGUAAACAAGCCAAAUAAUAAUAUUCAUUAAUAUGUGAUUCCAUGGUGUGUGAAGAAGAGUUUCGCGCUUUUGAUAUCUCUGCCAGAGUGGAGAUAACCUUUGUAGUAGCAGUCUAGAGUGGAACUUCCCCGUAGAAGUGUUCAUAUCGUUCGGGGGCAUAGUGAUACAGAGUUCUACGCGGGUGCAUUAAUGUAAAGAUAAAAAAGUGACCCGAGUGAGGUGAAUUAUAAGUAGAUCACAGGGAAUCUAUGAGGCGUAGUGCACCACUGUUUGCUGCUGAGUUUAUAGCAUUAUGUAUAGUCUCGGAUAGUGGAUGCGAGAAAUUCGUCACUUGAGUGCGAUUGUCAUAUCUCUACAAUAGCUUCAGUACACCGAGCUGUGAACUGCGGUGUCGUUCGUUAGCGAGGGGAUUUUGUUUAUAUCGAUGCCUUCUAAUACUCAACCGGAACAAUUGGACGCUCCAACAGUGCUGCGAUGAAAGUGACUUGUCUCAAGAGAAAAAGAAGAAAAUAAAACGGAUAGAAAAGCAACCAAUCUAUGAUGUGACCUGAUUCUGCUUGAAAUCGUCGAUGUGUGUGGUGAUUAGCAAUUGUGCUUAAAACCGUUUGUGCUGUGAUAAGUUUAACGUGCGCGUUAAAAAAAAAAUCUGUAGUGCUUUUUUGGAAUAUUAUCGCCACUACCUCUUUGUAUUAUUAGAGUAUACGACCUUACAAUCACGUAUCAUGUGUCGAUGCUGUCAGAGUUGUUGGGAGGACUUUUAUUGGAACUGCAUAGAAGAACGCUUUUGUUAUGAUGAAACAAUCGCAAACUAUGAUCCUGAGGACGAUGAGUACGUCGUCGAGAAGAACGCCCGGAAUGGGUUCUACAACUCGGAAGAAUCGAUACAGAACAACAAUUCGCCGAUUUGUCGGCAGCCAUCCAGCAUAGGACAUCACAGCACUGUGAGCUCGAAAAUCCACGAGGAUGAUCUCCGCCGGGAGAUUCAAACCAACGUGCCAAUGCUGGCACCAGAGGUGAUGGCCGUGUUUGCCAACUCGCAAAUCUUCCAGGAGCAUUCCCCGCCCAAAUCCAUCUCAAAGAGUCCCCCCUCGGUCAAGUUUGCCAUCUCGCCGGAUUCACCUCCAAUAGAAACAUCGACGGUGUCAUCCUUGGAGACGUCCAAACGAGAGGAUGAUUCCGAUAAACUGCUAAAACGGCUCGAAGGAUCUUACCAAGACCUACAGGGCACUAGUAAACCUGGAUCUACGAUCAUUCCGUCAAUAGUGGAGGAAGUGCAGGACGAUGAACUGGUCCUCCGGCCUCCGCGAACCUUGAUCGAAGCGUCCGCGUCCUUCAGUGGAUCGACCAGCUUGAUCAACAAGAACCUUUCCCAUCUGCAAGCAGAGCAGCCCUACUUUUCGACCCGUCCAGCCAGUGAGAAUGACAUUUUUACCAUUUCUUCAGCGAGCAACUACAACGCCAUCAGCAUGACCCCAGAGGUUCCCGCCAUUUCGUAUUCCAAUCUACCGAAGAACUAUCUGGAAACGCCAACGGUGGAAAAGUAUCGUGAAUCUGUUAGCUUGUAUUCUAUUCAAACCGCGGGAAUUCUUUCCGCUAAGGAGGACCUCUCGAUGCCACGGUAUUAUGGCAAAUCGGAUCUGAUCAUGAACAGUGCCGGCCAACCCAAGACCAGCAACCGGAACCUGUCCGAUUCCAACAUGGCUGGGUCGAGCACUCCUGUGUCCAGCAAUUCGGUCCGUCAGGUGGAGAAGAGCAAACGACUGAAGAACAUCCGGACGGCUCUGCCGCCGUUAAAUUUGCAGCUGAUUAGAGGCAGCUCGAGCUCUAACUUGAAGGAAAAGGAGAAGGAGGCACGAGAGAAAGAUAAGCUUAAAGCAAAAGACAGUAUUAAAUUGUAGAUUAUAGGAGAAGAUACUUAAAAAGAUUUCAGUGCCAACCUGCAAUAACGGUAAACUAGUUAGAACCGUUGAUAUAUUUUAAAAGGUGGAGGAUAUAUUGAUACACAUUUUAGAUGUAGAUUCGAUCACUUAACUUAGCAAAAAGUUUUUAUCUUCUAUGAGAACUUUGAAGAAAUAGUGUGCCAAUACUUUUUUUUUAUUAAAUUCGAUAGACCUGUUGUAGAAAAUAUAAACCAUAAGCUAUAUUGUCCGAAAUUACCUUGAAGCAUCUA